AUUCCACCCCUCAUUUUCCCUUGAAUUACACCCUCUGCCACUCUCUUCUCCAUCUCUUCAAAUCUCCUGUUCUCUCUCUCACUGACCCACCGUUUGGUUGCAGGAUGUUGUAGAGCAAAACCGAAGCUUAAUUCAUGAGUUUUCUGUGUUUUUUACUCAAACAUUCCGGUGAUCCGAGAUCUGUCUUCGCUUAAUCACUGCUGCUGUCGACGUUAUAUGCUGAGAGAUCCGCGGCCUAAGCUGCUCGCGGUACUCUCUCUCUCUCUCUCUACAUUCAAGACGGUUGCUGACAUUAUUGCACGGCAGUGUUUUGUGUGUGCGCGUUUUCUCUAUCUAGGUUUUAGCGGUGGUCGAGGCUGGCUCGUCGAUCUUCGUCGCCUUUUUUUUACUGAGGAUUAAGCGUUUCCUGAGCUAGAGAGAAGCUAGGGUUUUCGAAUUCGGGGGUUAUGGAAUGUGAAUGGAGGAUUAGGGUUUAAAUUAAGCGUUAUCGUGUUGUAUUUAAUUAAUUUUUGGGGAUGAAUCGGAGUUUUAGGGCUCCUGAGAGGGGGCAGAUGGGGAGUCUGAGAUUGAGGGAUAAUAAAGAUGAGGAGUUGGCGUUGUUUCGGGAAAUGCGGAGGCGCGACAAGGAAAGGAACGAUCUUCUCCUUCUUCAGAACUCCGACGAGUUCGAUGCUCCACUUGGACAAAGGAGUGGUAGUUCUCCAAUAUUUAACAUAACUUCCGGUACCACUGCGCCUCCAGUCCGGAAGAACGUUGCUGACGAGUUUCUCAAUUCGGAGAAUGAUAAAAAUGAUUAUGAUUGGCUCCACUGUAUAUGCAGUCAAGAUUUUGUCUGGCUUUUAACACCUCCUGGCACACCACUUUUUUCUUCACUAGAAAUGGAAGGACAAAAAACCGUCAUGAGCCAGCUAGGCACUCCAAAAGCUCGUCCUACUGCUCUUAAGUCUAGACUUGCCAAUGCCCAAUCGGAGCACGCUGCUAGGAGCAAUUUGUCAUCCAGACAGCAAGUCUCAUCUCCUGGGCUAAAUACUUCAACUGCAGGACUUCGCCGGCCAACUUCUUCCGGUGGUCCUGGGUCAAGACCUGGAACACCAACGGGUCGCCCAACUGUGAGCUCAAUAUCCAGAUCCACCUUGACCUCAACAUCAAAUAGGGCUGCAUUGAAUGCGUCAGUUAGAAUAACCUCCAACCCUACGUCUAAAAUGUCAACCACAACAUCAAAACCUUCAAGAUCUUCUACACCCACUUCUCGCCCCACGUUGUCUUCAGCAAAGCCCACAGGUCCUCCAAGAUCUUCCACCCCGACAGGCAGGUCUACUAUAAGAUCCUCAACACCGACAAGCAGCGUGUCUCUACCAGCAUCUAGGUCGACAUCCAGAGCCUCAACUCCUACUCGGAGACCAACAGCAUCCUCUGCUACAAAAACGCCUGCUGUUUCAUCAAAGUCUCCAACGACCUCUUCAGUUGCCAAGCCAGUUUCUACUGCCUCGAAGAAUCCCAUGCAAGCACGGUCCAAUUCUCCUACAGUGAGACCUAGACCAUGGAAGCCUUCAGAGAUGCCUGGAUUUUCUCUCGAUGUUCCACCAAAUCUGAGAACGUCUCUGUCCGACAGGCCACCUUCAGCCACUAGAGGUAGACCUGGUGCACCAAGUUCCCGGUCAUCAUCUAUUGAACCACCUUCAAAUGGAAGGAUUAGAAGACAAUCUUGUUCUCCUGCAAGAGGCCGACCUCCUAAUGGUAUGAGCCGUAACAGCGGAAGCUCUGUGCCUGUUCCCGCUGCAAGUCGGUUGCAUGCUAAGGCUAAUGACAACGUGAGCCCUGCUCUAGUCGGAACUAAAAUGGUUGAAAGGGUUAUAAAUAUGAGGAAACUAGCUCCCCCCAAGCAAGACGAUAAACACUCUCCCCACAGCAGCUUAUCCGGAAAAUCCUUAUCACCAGACAGUGCUGGGUUCGGAAGAACACUUUCAAAGAAAUCCUUAGAUAUGGCCAUGCGACAUAUGGAUAUAAGACGGACUAUUCCAGGCAAUCUGCGGCCUCUUAUGACCAACAUCCCCGCAUCCUCGCUGUACAGUGUGAGAUCGGGACCUAACAGAAGGACAACCAGCAUCUCAGAUUCUCCGCUUGCAACAAGCAGUAACUGCAGUUCUGAAUUGAGUGUCAACAACGGCCUAUGCAUGGAUGGGGGCGAAGCAGAUGAGGAUGUGAGCAGUGACAAGUGCCUCCGUUCUCCACGAAGCUUACGGGGCAGGUGAUGAUGGUACGUAUUUUCUGUUGUAGACACCGCUUUCAACUGAACCACUACUGGCAAGCAAGAGUAACAACUGAAACAUAAUGAGUAUAUGCCAUUCAACUAUCCUGUAUUAAUCUGUAUCAGCUGUCUUCCAGUUUGUUGUUUGCCGGCUAAUCGAAUGUAACACCUAUUAUUGAAUCUCUAAUUUGUUCAAAGCUAAUUUGAAAAAAAUUCUGUCAACAUUUUGAUGCAUGUUAACUGCAGAAUUUCAUUGUUUGUGGGGUUGAAUUGACAUUUGUAGAUAGUUGGGGGGGGGGGGGGCUUAUGAAAUCUCAACUGCACAAAAUUGUCUAUUGUAUAGUGCAUAAGGAGUGGUAAUGCUGAAAACUUCCUUUAAACAGGACCACAUUAUCUGUACUUUUCCCCUUUUUAUACCUUUUUAUACUAAUGCUAAGGGCACUUUCUACAUCAAAA